AUGACGAGUGCGCGCGGUCGCGAGAGCUCUCGCCUGCUGUCGCUCCCCGACGAGCUUCUCCAGCCCAUCCUCGCGCGCGUCGACCAUCCGCGUGAUCGCUGCAGCCUCGCGCUCUCCUGCUCUCACCUCCGCCGCCUCUCCUGCCGCACGCCCCACUCGAUCCGCCGCGGCUUCUCCGUCGCCUGCGGAUGGAUGAAAAAAAACGUGGUUUAUUUCGGGGUAUUUACCCGAAUAGUUGACCUCACGGUGGAGGUUAGCAGCAUCAGCAUGGACCAGCUGCUGAGGGGAAUCGGCGCGGGCUGUGAGCGGUUUGAGUCUUGCCGCAACGGCGCUUUCUUCCUCUCGUUGCGGAUUGCCGCAUUCACCUUCCCCCCAACUUCCCCCCUUCUCUCCACCGCCUCCUCUCCGCCCUUCAUCAGCCUCGUAACGUCACUGGAGCUCGACUCUCCAUUUGAUCGGCAGCCCCUCAGCUUCAACGCCCCUCUGCCUCCCCCAGUAGACGCCUUCCCCUCACUGCGCUCGCUCACGCUCCUCUACAAGCCCUCGCACUAUCGCUUCAUCUCCUGCUGCUCCACCCUCACCUCCCUCACCCUCUGGCGGCCCAACGCCUUCGCCCUCUACUCCCUCGCCUCCCCCUCCUCCCCUCUGCGCCUCUCCCUCGCCUCCCUCACCAUCCAAACCGCCUGGCUGGAAGCCGCACUCACGCCUCUAGCCUCGUUUCCUCGCCUCGCUUCUCUCUCCUUCCACUCCUGCAGCAUCGAUCCGGGCGAGUUUCACGCCCUCUCGCGCUCCCUCCACACGCUUACCCACCUCGCCCUCCACGACUGCCCCUUAGUCUCAAGUCACUCCAUCGCCACCCUCGCUCAAGCCAACCUGGCUCUCUCCUCCGUCUCCCUCCACUCCACCUCCUACCCUCUCUUCAUCUCCCAAGGCCUCCGUAAUCUGCUCCGCUCUUGCUCCUCCCGCCUCCACACCCUCACCCUCUCCGGGCUGCCCUCGUAUCGUCCGGGCAUGCUUGCACGCUGCAACAGCCUGCAACGUCUCACGCUGAAAGGAAGGAAGGAGGCGAGCGAGGAGGUGGCGGAGAAUUGA